AUGCCUACAGUCUUACUGCCUUCGUCGGCAGCUGCGUUUGCCCCGCGAUCCUCGCCCAAUGUCGUUCUCACCAGAAAGGUUGCACCGUGGUUGACGGCGACUCUAAAACGAGUCAACCGAGUCAAGCGCCCUUUGAACAACGUGACUCAACACACCCGCUGUCUUACCGAAACCCUGUCGUCGAGCAAUGCCAUCUGGACUCUAUGCUCCAUGAUGGACGACAACCCGCUGGUGGAAGGCCUGUUCAAUUAUCAGAUGAUUCAUAUCGAGGCCUAUGUGGUACACGUCGACAUGGUUUCCCGUAACGAAGUGGCAUUCAAGCUGACACCGGAGACGAUCGAAGCACUGGUGGAUUUUCAUAAAGACAUCUAUUCGGUCGAUGCUGCCGCCAACACAUGGGACUGGUCGGGUAAACAGGCUCAGCUGAAGAAGCUAGAAGAGGAGUUCGUACAGGCCGCCAACAAGUUCGUCUACCGCGCCGAUGCCGAAGCCCUGGAAGGUCUCGAGGAAGAUGGAGCGGGCGAACUUCUAUGUGGUCGCAGUGAGGAUGCCCAAGCUGCGAUAUCAGCGCUCUUCGUGCCUCUAUUGCCCCCACCCCCGCGGGUGGUGGAUGUUCUCCGACCUGUCCCUCUGCUGCCCAGCUCGACAGGCCCGGAGACCUGGUGGCAUCAGAAUGUGCCUUACCCGUCUUCGCACGUCGAGUCGUGGAAGGUAUUGCCGCCCAGUCCAUCCCCGGUCAGCACGGGUGAUAUUAAUCCGAAUCUCUGGGCUAGUAUUGGUUUCGGUGAUGCUCAGUCUCAGCUGCCUUCGCCCACCCCAUCUUACAGCCAACCCUUCACCACCGCGCCCUACCCAUCCUACGACUGCAUGGCCGCCACCUCUGCCGCCAUUUCCACCCUUCCGCUGCCCAGUAUGCUCGUGCAACCCUGCAGCACGGCUGCCAACAUGUGCGGCUUCGGUGGCUGGGAGAACUUCGCCCCGCUGCAGUAUGGCAUGACCAUCUAG